GGAACUCCGCUCGAAGCCUAGGGAUCUCCGCUUAGAGCCUAUGGAGCUCCGUUUGGAGCCUAUGGAGCUCGGCUCUGAGCCUUUGGAGCUCGUGUGCGAGCCUAUGGAGCUCGGCUCUGAGCCUAUGGAGCUUAUGUCCGAGCCUAUGGAGCUCGUGUCCGAUUCUGUGGAGCUCGGCUCCGAGCUAGAGGAGCUCGGAUCCUAA